GGAAGCUCAGGUAAAGAGUCUACUAUACUUUGACGGGUCAGAGGUUGUUUUUUUGCUCAACAAAAGUAAGCAAAACGAUCCUGCAAUGCAGACCCUUUAGUUAGGAACAAGAGGAAGGAAGACUGGAACCGGAAAAGCUGGAUGAAGCCUGUAAUUAUCGUCCAGGGAGAGCGUCUUGUAGUAGUCCGUGGUGGUCUCACAACUAUUUUUGUUUAUCUUACAAUUUUUAAAACAGACUUUAUUACUUUGUUAUCAUAAUUUCAAAUAACCAACGACAUUAAUGAGCUCUGGUCGGCGCGCUCUUAUAGAAAUCUCUUGUAGCCUAGGCUACUCGCGUGAGAGGUGGUGGAUCAGAAGAAAGGAGAAAUGGGCGAUAAUGACAUAGAAGAGCAAGACACUUUUCCCGUGCAGAGGGAUGAAGAAGGUGAUAAUCGAGCAAAUCCGAAGAGGAGUCGUCGCAGGGUAGAAAAGAUACAUUCGAAUGUUUCUAAAUGGAUGCUUCCCGCGGAGUUACGGGAGACGUAUUUGGAACGAGCGAACUGCUGUCCGCCACCAAUCUUCAUCAUCCUCAUCAGCUUAGCGGAGUUAGGAGUGUUUAUCUACUAUGCGGUAUGGAAGCCUCAGAAGCAGUGGAUCACCCUGGGUACAGGGAUCUGGGAGAGUCCUCUUACCUAUAAGCCCGAACAACGCGAGGAAGCAUGGCGGUUUCUCUCCUACAUGUUUGUACAUGCCGGGGUGGAGCAUAUCUUGGGAAACCUGUUAAUGCAGCUUCUUCUUGGCAUUCCCCUGGAGCUGGUGCAUAAGGGCUUUGAAGUAGGCAUGGUCUAUAUGGCUGGGGUCCUUGCAGGCUCUCUCGCCAGCUCCAUCUUUGAUCCUCUCAGUGCUCUUGUGGGUGCUUCAGGUGGUGUUUAUGCCCUCAUGGGAGGUUACUUCAUGAAUGCUGUGGUGAAUUUCAGGGAGAUGAUUCCACUUGUGGGAGUGUUUCGCAUUCUGGUAAUUGUUCUGAUUGUUGGAACAGAUGUUGGAUUUGCUAUUUACAGAAGGUUCAUUGUCCAUGACACUGCCAUGAAGGUCUCUUUUGUGGCCCAUAUUGGUGGUGGUGUAGCAGGCAUGACCAUUGGUUAUGUUUUUUUCACCAACUACGAUAAAGCACUCCUCAAGGACCCACGCUUCUGGAUGUGCAUUGUGGGAUACAUUGCCUUCUUCUUGUUUGCUAUCAUUUUCAACAUUUUCCUGUCCCCAGCACCCGCGUGAGGAUGAUGGUUGAAGUCAUGCAUCAGUUCACAAUGGACAAUCAUGGCUUUUUAAAAGAAGCAAGCCUCAGGUCAAUAUAACUGUC